AUGCAUUCUACACAUGUACAGAUGCUGGCACGCACUGUUUUUCGCCUGUGGACUCCAAAGUACUUCCGUGAGCAAGCAGGUGCUGGGCGCCAUCUUGGCAAGCGGCGCGCGAGAGCCCUCAACGCGGCUCCUGCCCUUUGCUCAACUGCGGCGGCGAGGGGUGGAGUGACCGCGACGUCGUGCACCACACCGGCGCGCGCCCCACCACCACGGAAGUCUACGAGGAAGUCGAUAGCUGAACACGCACCGUCUACCUCCUCCGUAGGAAGGACGCCAGGUCAACCUCCGAUUAGCAGACUGCACUCGCCACCGUCAGAUGCGUUUCACACCAGCCACCCGCUGGUGCAACGCACCCAGGAGCUGCUUCAUGAGCUCGCCACCGUCGACCACUCGCAGUCCUCCUUGUCCUCUGAUGCCGCGAGAGGGUAUGCCCAAUUCAGCGCCAGGCACGAUGUACUCGGUCCUCUCCGUAGUCUUCUUCCUCUUCCCGCGACGUCCAGUGGCGGCAGCUCGGCUAACCCUGCGUCGCGUCAGCGCUUCCAUAUUGUACCGGUGGUGGGCAUGAAUCCCCUUAUGCCCCCUCCUCCUCGUCUGCAACGAACUGCAACGGCAGACUUUUCUCUUUCUGAUUUGGUGCUGUUUCUGCAACUGUACGACAGCGCCAACAUGGAGGAUGGAAAGUUACUGGUGCAGGUAAUGAACGAGGUUCGCCGGCAACUAUUCGCCUUAGCAGAGACUGUGGCGAGAACCACCACAGGCGAGGGUGAUCUAGAAGCGGAGAGGGGCGGGGUGAAGGGGGUGCUGCAGACCCCAAGCGCCUCACCGCUGCCAUUUCCUGCGAUGCUCUACACCAUGUCAUCGCUGGGAAUCGUAGAGGAAGCUGUUCUCGAUGUGGUGACAAGUUGCGCCCUGCGCGAUGACACACACGGCAAGCUUGGCCUCCUCUACUCACAGCUGCACCAUUACUCUGUUAAGGAGUUGCUGCAGCUGCUGAUCGCGCUUCAACGCUUUGGGCACCAGCAGCAACCCGCAACAAAGGCCCUGACGAAGGCACUGCGGGCUUCCCUGUACGACACCUCCACGACAGCAAGUCGUUUUCACAGGCGCGCGAGAGCGUUCAAGAAGGCGCUUGCUGCGCGGCGUCAGACACCACCACCCGGAGAGGGACGCGUUAACGCAGCAGAGGUUGACGACGACACUGGCGGGGUGAUUGCCAUGAUGGCGGCGGAUGAGGAGCUCGGCUCGCUCGCCUUUGGGCUGGAGUGCCCGCUGUUUUUGCUUCUGGAAGCGCUGACCACAACUGCAACCACGGUGCACCGCCGUGUGGACGUCGUGACAUUCCUAUCAGACCUGAUUGCCGUCACAGCAGCGGCGGAACUGACGACUGCCGUGCAGGAGAGCCGCGGCCUCCCAGUGCCUGCCGGCCCCAAGGAGGUCACCAAAGAGGCACAAGAGUUCCUCUUUGCGGUGUCACAUCAGCUCUUGCGGGCAGCUAAGCUCACCGAAGCCAUGAAUCUUCCACAGAUCCUUCUCUCUGAGGUGUUUGCGUGGAGCACGACGCUGUCGGGAAGAGGGGUGAUUGUGAACGGCGGUGAGGACAGCGCAGUGCCGUCCGAUCGUGUCGUCUACUACGAUCAUGUGACGGCGGACCUGAUCAAGGCAAGCAGUGCCGAGUGA